GCUGCCCGAAGGGAUGGAGCCAGGCUGGGGCUGGAACAGCUCUCAUCACAGCCGGCCGGGCCACAGCCAGGGUCUGAGCCCCCAGACCCUGCCAUGGGACCCCAACCUGACCCUCCUGCACACCCGGGACGAGGCGCUGGCCAAGGCAGAGGUCGGGGUGCUGGCCACUAUCCUGGCUGUAGCGACCGUUGGCAACGUGGGGGUGCUGCUGGCCAUGUACCGCCGGAGGAGGAAGAUGAGCAGGAUGCACCUCUUCAUCCUGCACCUCGGCCUGACCGACCUGGGGGUCGCCCUCUUCCAGGUGCUGCCGCAGAUGAUCUGGGAGGUGACCUACCGCUUCCUGGGGCCAGACCCGCUCUGCAGGGCCGUCAAGUACCUGCAGGUGCUCAGCAUGUUCGCCUCCACCUACAUGCUCAUCAUGAUGACCCUGGACCGCUACAUGGCCGUGUGCCACCCGCUGCACAGCCUGCAGCAGCCCAGCCGCCAGGCCUAUGUGAUGAUCGGGGCCACGUGGCUGCUGAGCUGCCUCCUCAGCCUGCCCCAGGUCUUCAUCUUCUCCCUGCAGGAGGUGCGCCAGGGUUCGGGGGUGCUGGACUGCUGGGCAGACUUCAGGUACCCGUGGGGUGCCCGAGCCUACAUCACCUGGACCGCUUUGUGCAUCUUCAUCCUGCCCAUGGGCAUCCUCACAGUCUGCUACAGCCUCAUCUGCUACGAGAUCUGCAAGAACCUCAAGGGCAAGACCCAGAGCGGUGUCCCCAGCACGGGGGGGACCACAGUGGCCGCCCCUCCUGCUCCCUGCUCCUCUGAGAGGGGCCCCAGCGGGCAGCCCUCGCGGGUCAGCUCCGUGCGCACCAUCUCCCGCGCCAAGAUCCGCACGGUGAAGAUGACCUUCGUCAUCGUGGUGGCCUAUGUCGCCUGCUGGGCCCCGUUCUUCAGCGUGCAGAUGUGGUCGGUGUGGGACGAGGAUGCUCCUGAUGAUGACUCCACCAACGCGGCGUUCACCAUCACCAUGCUGCUGGCCAGCCUCAGCAGCUGCUGCAACCCCUGGAUCUACAUGGCCUUCAGCGGGCACCUCCGGCGGGGCGCCGCUCGCUGCCUGCGCCGCUGGGGCAGCCCCCGGCCCGGGCUGCGGAGGGCGGGCUCCACCGGCAGCCUCUGCAGCAGGAAAAGCACGAUCCUGAGCCACAGCCCCGGGCCGAGCCUGCCCCUGCACGGCGGCAGCGCCAGGGACAGCCUGGGCCCCCCCUGCGAGGAGGGGGUGACCGAGUCGGGCACGCUCUAG